UCCACUCUGCCUUCCCCUCCAUCGGGCGAACACCGCUGUCCGCGUACGGUGGAUGUAGCGCCAAGGACACCGCACACAUCUUUUCAUCAAUGAAAAUCCAUCUUUAAAAAAUACUACACAUCGUUUCCCGGCAGCCUUCAUGUGAUUUGUGGACAUUUUUCCACAUUUGAAUAGAGGACCAUUCAUGAUGAUUUCGCCGUGGGACCGGUGGUACUCGACGAGUUGCUGCCUUUGCUGUCAUGUCCGGACUGGAACCAUUAUUUUGGGGAUUUGGUACAUGCUCAUCAAUGCGGUGGUCCUACUCAUCCUGUUGUCUGCUCUCAACGACCCCGUGCAAUACCGCUACCACCUCAGCAGCUCCGAGCUGGGGACCGACAUCGAUGUCAUGGACGAUGCCAAUAUCUGCAUCGCAACCGCCAUAUCCCUCCUCAUGAUUCUUAUAUGCGGCAUGGCAACAUACGGCGCGUACAAGCAACACGCCGCCUGGAUCAUUCCCUUCUUCUGCUACCAAAUCUUCGACUUUGCCCUUAACACCCUGGUGGCCAUCAGCGUGGUGGUGUACCCCAACACGGUGCAGGACUACCUCCAGCAGCUGCCGGGGACUUUUCCUUACAAAGAGGACAUCAUGUCCACCAAUAAUAUGUGCCUGGUCUUCGCAGUCCUCCUCUUCAUUGGCUGCAUCCUCUCCUUCAAGGCCUACCUGAUCGGCUGCGUGUGGAACUGCUACAGAUACGUGAGCGGCAGAGGCACCACCGAAGUCCUCGUUUACGUCACCACCAACGACACCACGGUUCUACUGCCACCGUACGAGGAGGUGGUCGCCAUCCCGCCUAAGGAGCCCCCUCCCCAGUACGUGGAGGCAUAAGACCCCCAACUUCUUUUCUUAACCCCCCCCCCCCCCCCCCCCC